UCACCGGAAGGGGCGGGUCCGCAGGGACCAGCCGCGCCGCGCCGCGCCGGCCGGGAGGGGCCCGGGCCGACCAUGGCGGCGGCGGCGGCGGUGACGGUACCGGAGCGGGGCGGCGGCAGCUGCGUGCUGUGCUGCGGCGACCUGGAGGCCACGGCGCUGGGCCGCUGCGACCACCCAGUAUGCUACCGCUGCUCCACCAAGAUGCGGGUGCUGUGCGAGCAGCGCUACUGCGCCGUGUGCCGCGAGGAGCUGCGCCAGGUGGUCUUCGGGAAGAAGCUGCCUGCUUUCGCCACGAUCCCCCUCCAGCAGCUGCAGCACGAGAAGAAGUAUGAUAUCUACUUUGCCGAUGGCAAGGUGCUCGCCUUGUACAGGCAACUGCUGCAGCACGAGUGCCCGCGCUGCCCGGAGCUGCCGCCCUUCGGCCUCUUCGGAGACCUGGAGCAGCACAUGCGCAAGCAGCACGAGCUCUUCUGCUGCAAGUUGUGCCUCAAACACCUCAAGAUCUUCACCUACGAGCGUAAGUGGUACUCGCGCAAGGACCUGGCUCGGCACCGCAUGCAGGGGGACCCCGACGACACGUCGCACCGCGGGCACCCGCUCUGCAAGUUCUGCGACGAGCGCUACCUGGACAAUGACGAGCUGCUCAAGCACCUGCGCCGAGACCACUACUUCUGCCACUUCUGCGACACCGAUGGCGCUCAGGACUACUACAGUGACUACGCAUACUUGCGUGAGCACUUCCGGGAGAAGCAUUUUCUGUGCGAGGAGGGCCGCUGCAGCACUGAGCAGUUCACCCAUGCCUUCCGCACCGAGAUCGACCUCAAGGCCCACCGCAUGGCCUGCCACAGCCGGAGCCGCGCCGAGGCCCGCCAGAACCGCCAGAUCGACCUGCAGUUCAGCUACACACCACGCCACUCACGCCGUGGUGAUGGGGUGAUCGGAGGCGAGGACUACGAGGAGGUGGACAGGUACAACCGCCAAGGCCGUGCAGGUCGGGCCGGCGGGCGCGGAGCCCAGCAGAGCCGCCGUGGAAGCUGGAGGUACAAGAGGGAAGAAGAGGACCGAGAAGUGGCAGCUGCCAUCCGGGCCUCGGUGGCUGCACUGCAGCAGCCAGAGCUGCGCCGGGGAGAAGAUGGUGAGGAGGGCGGCCGGCCCAAGAAGGAGGAGGCGGGGCAGCGUAGGCCUGAAGAACCCCGAGGCUCCCGGCGUGUGCCCCGGACUCAGGGUGAAGGCCCAGGUCCCAAGGACACUUCGACUAACGGUCCCAUCAGCCUGGAGGCCCUCCCAGUGACCGGCCUGGCUGGGGUGGCCCCACUUCCCAGCACCCACCUGCCACCCCCUGUGAAGCUUAAGGAUGAAGACUUUCCCAGCCUCUGCGCCUCCAGCUCCUCGGCAGCACCUGCCCCCGGGCCUGUGGGCUUGUCACUGGCCUACCCAGUGCCCGCCCGGGGCAAGACAGCUUUCCAAGAGGACGAUUUCCCUGCCCUGGUGUCCUCAGCCUCCAAGCCCAGCCUUGCCCCCACCAGCCUCCUCUCUGCCUGGAACAGCGGUGCUGGCAAGAAGGUGGCACAGCCCAGCCCGGGUCCCCCUACAGCCAUGGGGGGCAGCCAGGCUGCCAGGAAGGCGGGGAGAGGGGGGAAGGGGGCCCGAAAGGGGGGCCCAGCCCCUGUAGAGGAGGAGGAGUCCCGGGGUGCGCCCACCUCAGGCUCCAGCUCCGGCUCCCUGCUGCCACUGGCCUCCCAGCCCUUCACUAAAGUCGGCAAGAAGAAGAAGAGUUCUGAGAAGCCGGGGGCCACGGCCCCCCCCACCCCCCCUGACAAGGAUGAGGAGGCCCCUCCAGCCCCCAACAGCCAAGCUGAAAGUUCAGCCACUGUUAUUGUCAACGGACACACAGAGGGUCCGGUUCUGGCCCGGACCACCCCCAAAGAGCCCCCCGGGCUCCCCCGCCCCCUGGGGCCCCCUCCGUGCCCCCCGCCUCAAGAGGACUUCCCAGCGCUCGGCAGCCCCUGCCCACCCAGGAUGCCUCCCCCUCCAGGCUUCAACACCGUGGUGCUCCUAAGGGGUGCGCCGCCACCCCCACCCCCACCCCCACCGGGGCUGGUGCCCCCCGUCAGCAAGCCACCCCCCGGUUUCUCCAGCCUCGUGCCCAGUGCCCACCCAGUCUGCGUCCCCAGCACGAUCGGCACCACCCCCACGAGCACGAAAGCGCCCCGGCCUACGCCCGAGCUGCAGGCCUACCUGGUGCCUGAGAACUUCCGGGAGAGAAACCUGCAGCUCACCCAGUCCAUCAGGGACUUCGUGGAGAGUGACGAGGUGCGCUUCAGCGAGUUCAAGAGCCGCUCGGGAGAGUUCAGACAGGGCGUCAUCUCUGCAGCCCAGUAUUACCAGAGCUGCCGGGACCUCCUGGGGGACAACUUCCAGAAGAUCUUCAGCGAGCUGCUGGCGCUCCUGCCCGACACGGCCAAACAGCAGGAGCUGCUGACGGCACACACGGACUUCCGCAUCCGAGAGCAGCCGCCCAGUACCAAGGCCAAGAGGAGCAAGAAGAACGUGUGGCAGGCCGGGCCCCAGCAGGCCGCUGGCCUGGACUGCCGCGUGUGUGCCACCUGCCAGCAGGUGCUGGCUCGUGGGGAUGUCAGCAGCCACCAGGCCCUGCACGCCGCCCGGGACGACGACUUCCCCUCACUGCAGGCCAUCGCCAGGGUCAUCACGUAGCUCCUCGUGAGCCCCUGCCUUCCUCCUCCUCCCGGGCUGCCGGGCAGCCCGGUGGGGCCGGCCAUGCCAGCCCCUCAGUGGCUUUCCUGCCAGGAGUCACUAGGAAGUCACACAGGAGCCCGUCGGUUUCCUCCUGGGGCCGGCAGAGACCCUGCCUCGGCGGCAGGCCGGCCUUGCUUUGUGUCCUCGUGCUUUUGGAAGGGGCGGGAGGAGGGCUGGGGUGCCGGGCACUGGCCCUGCUGUCCCAACCGGCGACCACCCUGGCCCGAGGCCUGAGCCCUGGCAGUUGUAGGUCCGCUGGUGCUGGAAGGAGAUGCCGUGUGUGUUGUGCAAAAACAGUUAGCUGUUUUGUGAUUCAAGAAUGUUCAGGAUUAAAAACAGACACGAAAUUGUGCUGCUUGAAGUUGAAUCUUUUUAAGAGACAAGUUGAGUCUGGGAUCUCAAAUUGCCUCUGACCUUUUAUAAGACAGUUUAUCUUCAAAUAAAUUUAUUUUGCAAUAAUGCA